AUGCCGCCUACACCUCCCACCAGUCUGCCUGCAGCGCUGGCCAUUUCGGCUGCCGGGCCACAAUGCUCCAUCCAGCUUUCGCCCGAUAUUUCCUUCGGCGAAGUACCUGAGAUCAGCAUCGCCAAGGGCUGGUCGACAUUGCGCGUCGAGUUGGUUCGAGACAACAGGGUCAUGGUUUCCGCAGUUUUAAUGUUGGUUAAUUAA